CGCAAAUCAGGUGAGCUGUCAAAGCAAAGUCCGCUUCGGGAUACCUGGUCCAGGAAAAGUCUCGAAACCGCCUCACUGCCCAGGCAAAUCUUUGGCUUUUGGGCUAAAAAAGACUCUCCUGGAAUCCUUCGAGUGUUUAGGAAUGCAAAAUAGCCUGUGCAUAAUGUUGUUUGUGAGAUUUGAGCUAAUUUAGAGCGAUGGAGUACAAUUACGACACAUUCCGGAGACGUGCGUGGGAUCCUCCUGACCACAAUCACAAUAGAUGCUGCAAUGGUCGCUUCUGGUUUGUGCGAGAUGUCUGCGGGAUUAUCUGUGCCAUCCUCACGUGGCUCCUGAUCUUUUUUGCUGAGUUCGUUGUGAUGAAAGUUAUUUUAAUUCCUAGUCCGUAUCCCGUCUACAGUACCAUCAACAUGAUAAUCUUCAAUGCUCUGGCAUUCCUGGCCAUCUCGUCGCACCUUAGGACAAUGUUUACCGAUCCUGGAUCAGUUCCCAAGGGAAAUGCCUCCGAGAAAGCCAUCCAGCAGAUGGGUCUCCGGGAGGGAGAAGUAUUCUUCAAGUGCGCCAAAUGCUGCAGCAUUAAGCCCGAUAGGGCUCAUCAUUGUUCCGUCUGCAGGGUUUGUGUCCGCAAAAUGGAUCAUCACUGUCCCUGGGUGAAUUCCUGCAUAGGAGAAAACAAUCAGAAAUUUUUCGUGCUUUUUACGCUCUAUAUUGCUGUAAUAUCGGCUCAUGCGAUCUUCCUGACUGUCAAUCAGUUUGCCCAUUGCAUCCGGACAGAGUGGCGCAAUUGCUCCACUUACUCCCCACCAGCCACUGUGAUUUUCCUCCUCUUCCUUACCUUCGAGGCGCUCCUCUUUGCUGUCUUCACUAUGAUCAUGCUGGGCACACAGCUCAAUGCCAUUUGGAAUGACGAAACGGGAAUUGAGCAAUUGAAGAAGGAGGAAGCGCGUUGGGUGAAGAAAUCUCGCUGGAAAAAUAUCCAAACAGUCUUUGGACGUUUUUCCAUUGCUUGGUUUUCACCCUUCACACGUCCCUUGGUCAAGACGAAGCACGAGAACUACUACUAUUCCGUGUAGAUGAUGCGCACCCCGAAGGGAUCAUCUUGGACCACAUUCUCUCAAUUUUUGUACGUGAAACACCUCCAAAGUGAGUAUUUCGAUAAUACAAUUUGCAAAGAGAUUCAUUUUUUCAAAGAUUUUGUUGGAGAAAACAAGGGAUUUGGCUCUUUUUAAAAGAUGCAAUGCAUUGGUUGAACAAAAAAAAACACCUCAACAUAUUUAAUAAUUUAUAAACUAUUUUGUAAGAUGGGAUUGCAGCAAGUGCAAUCACUAAAAAGUUAGGAAAGACAAGUGACGUACUUAAGAAUGAUAAAAAUAUUUCCUUUAGAAGGCAUUUUUAGAAUAAUAAAAUAAAAUUAGGUUUUAUACAAGAUGGGCAAAUGAUUGCAUUGCAAAAUUGAUUUAUAAAGAAAAAAUUAUAAAUAAAUUAUUGAUAGAUUUUGCGAGAAAAAAGAAACAAGUUGUAAUUAUUUCGAAUAUCAAAAGAAUAAAUAAAAUAUUGUCUUAAUUUCGAA